UGAUGGUCAUAAUGGCUAUAUAUCAAAGCCUAUUUUUGAUGAUUUGUAAUGAUCACAUCAAUGGUGACCAUAUUUUCUGCAGAUGCAGGCUGGAAAGUCAUCAAGGCCACAGUACCAUUUUGAGUACAGCAAAUAUAUAUGAACGACCGGCCCAGUAGCUGGUAGCCAGUCACAACUUUUUGUGUUAGGAGCAACAUUGAUUAAAUAGCGCUAACGAUAGCCAGUGGAAUACUGGCUAGUGUUCUUCAUCUCCAUGUCAAGAUAAUCUCUGCCAGUGUUAUUGGAGGCUGGAGAGAUUUUUUUUUCAUGCCCGUACCAAUAUGGCGGACAGUCCACUGUUGCUGACAGCGGCGCUGUCGGUCAAUCAGUCAAGAUAAUCUCACCUCUGCCAGUGUUAUUGAAGCUAGAGAUUUUUUUUUUUUCCUUAAUGCCCGUACCAAUAUGGCGGACAGUCCACUGUUACUGACAGCGGCGCUGUCACAGCGCUCUACUAAUCGAAGAUCUAUGGCCAGACAGUAUACGGGUGUAUCAGAAAUAUUAGAUAUAAAUUUGAUUACCUCGACGUUUAUUUGUAUAAUAAUACAUAUCUAAUGCUUCAAAGUAAAUAAGAAAUGCUUUUCUUUAUCGAAAAAUAUUGAAAAAAUGGCAAAACUUUACUACAUGAAUUAUCAAAACUCAAACGGUACGAUAUCUACACAACAGAAAUUACAAUUUGAUAUGUUUACUAUUUAUCAGAUUAUUAUGAGAUGAUAAAGAAGUUGCUUUGCUUUAUGAUGCACAUUAUAUUAUUGUAAACUGUUGUGUACCCUCGUGGGCCGCGAUCCUUGGCGGGCUGGCGGCGAGUAUCAGUAUCAGGCAGCGCGAGGCGGCGCCCACGGUCCUACUUGCUCCCCCACACACUCCAGAAGAAGAACAAGAAGUGUUCGGCAGCCGCAGCCAUGCCCGAGGGCCCCGAGCUUCACCUGGCGGCCAAAUUCAUCACCGCCAUCGGCAAGAAGACGCUGUUCGGCGGCCCGGUGGUGAAGUCCGUCGUGUCCACCAAGAACCCCGACGUGGCGUGGGGCAAGGCGGCCUACAGGGUGCGGGCCGUGUCCAGGGGCAAGGAGCUCAAGGUGGUGCUGGCGGAGGGCGGGGCGGGGGCCGAGGGCGGGGACACGUUGAGCAUCCUCUUCCGCUUCGGCAUGUCCGGCAGCUUCAAGUACACACCCGUCACGGAGCUGCACAAACACGCCCACCUGCAGUUCUAUACCAUCAGUGAAGCAACCCCAAUGGUGCUCAGCUUUGUGGAUUACCGGAGGUUUGGGAGGUGGGAGGUUGGAGCAGACUGGGGGAAAGAUCGUGGGCCAGACCCUAUGUGGGAUUAUCCUGCCUUCAGGAGCAAUGUGCUGGAGAAUCUCAAGUCGGCAGCCUUCAACAAGCCCAUCUGUGAGGCCAUGCUGAACCAGAAGUUCUUCAAUGGUAUUGGUAAUUACCUCCGUGCAGAGAUUCUAUACAGGUGUGGCGUUCGUCCCUUUGACGAGGCCCGGGAGGUGCUGAGUGAACUGAAGCCAUUCAGUAAGUGGUUUGAGAGUCAAGUGAAACAAGAGGAUCCAGAGGAGAAUAAUAUAAAACCAGACCUCCUGGACCUGUGCCACAUCCUGCCCAAUGAAGUAGUCAACCUGAGUGGGGGUGGGAAAGGCUACAAUGUUGAUCCUGAUGCUGAUGAGGAAGAAUAUGCAGCAUUUAGGGAGUGGCUUCAGUGUUACUACCAGGAUGGCAUGAACAACAUGGUGGACCACAAUGGCCGCACAAUGUGGUUUGCUGGUGAGCCCGGCCGCCUCAAGCCUAAAGAAGCAAACUCAAGAAACAAGAAGACAAAGAAACAAAAGAACAAGAAGGAACAAAGUUCAGAUUCAGGCUAUGGGGAGAGUGCAGUAAAGACAGAGGGAGAACACUCAAGUGCCGAAACAGUUGGCUCCAUGGAAAGCAAAUAUUGGAAAACAGAAGUAGAGGAAACUGCAAACAACCCAAAACCAGGAAAGAGAGCAAAAGGCCCAAGAAGUGUUAAGAGAAAAGCUGUGAAAGAUGAAGGAUCCAACCUGCCGAUAAGAGCCAGAAAGCUGAAGAGAGAAGGGUCAGCCAUGCCCACAGGAGCCAAAAAGAUCAAGAAUGAAAGAUCCGAUACCGAGCUGAGGCGUCGCUCAGCAAGACUCAGCUGCCCAAGAUGAGUCACCACAACACUCAAGAUUACAGAAGUGGAUCAGUCUGCUUCACCUCUAUCUUAAGUCUAAAGGGAAGAUGGGGAGCUGAAUGGAAAAGACAACUGCACAAGAUGGAAAUUUGAUGAUCUUCAGCUGUAUGGUGACUGGACGGCAGGCAGACAGCAGACAGUGACUGGACGGCAGGCAGACAGCAGACACAUAUGUGAUGGUGCACUGUGGUCCCAGUCAGACAUCCCAGCCCUCUAGUAAGCCACCUGCACUUGCCUGAAUCGAUGAGAAACCGGCUCACCCAUCUAUACUCUCAUCCUCGAAGGGGUCUCUCCAAUCAAAUUUCCAUGCCAAGUGCUUUUCCCAUAGCAAUUAUGCCUCAGCUGGAGACUGUCUCACUGAUUUCAAUUUCUUGUGUCAGAUCUUGGGAGCCAUCACCAGAACCUAUUACCUAGCUCAUACAAGGGUUACAAAAUGAUGUGGCAAGGAAGCAGCCCUUCCUCGCUUCAGUGUUCACAACACAGUCCCAGGGUGCGGGUCAGUCAACAGACCAACACUCCUUGCAUCAGUCCAUGAGUGUGUUACUAAAUGCCCUGAGGCUGACAGACUGCAAGCAUCCCCUGUUGAAACCAGUGUCUGCGCUUCACACGUACAAUCAAGCUGCCAUUCAUACUUCAGGAGCUGCCUGUUGGAGAGAAGAUGCUGAAUUUAAAUAAAGAAACUUUUGCUGCCUAUUAAACAGUCCUAUUAUGUCUUUUUAAUUAAUAUAAUUUUUGCUGUUUAAUAUAAUGAUUUUAUCUGGCCCAAAAUGCAUUGGGUGGUGUUGAUUAUAACAGUUCUGAAAGGCUUGUUUUAAAGUUUCAUAUUUCUAAUUUUAUUACCUCACAUGUCUUCCUACUUAUGGCUUAUGAAUUGAUAUUGUAGGAAUUUGUCAACAUCCUGGAAGUUGUGAAUUCUGCUUGCCAUGUCUGGAAGACUUCAAAGCUAAUUAUAAGGGACACUGAAUUGUGUGUCCGUUUGAAUCAGGUGCUUAAAAUUUUUAACAGGAGGCUCUUUUAGUACUACUGUCAUUCUUAUUUCCAGUGGCUUUGGCUGCAUUUAAUUUAUCCUAUAUUAAUGUUAAUUUAUGAAACUUACUUUGGUAUAUAUAACAUAUCAAUAACAUAUCAAUAGUAUUA